AUGAGUGAAAUUAGUUUUGUACCAGCUUUUGAACAAUUUGUUUAUUAUCCACACAAUGCAAGUCUUGAAGAUGAAUUGAAACGUCUAUUUGCCGAUUUAUCAAUCAUCAAACAACCAGUUCAACCAAGUGCUGAAGAAAUUCGAGAAGAUUUUCGCCACAAUGGACGUGAUUUCGAGUAUGUUCCUGAUAAAUCAUCUGAUGAUUGUCUUGAUGACACUGUCAUCAGUCCAAGACGUAAGAAGAAGAAGGGUCCAUCUGAAUGUGUUUUCUGUAGAAACAAUGGAAAAUCACCAAUCGAAUACAAAUGUCAUAUUUUAAAAGACACUGAUGGUAUCAUUCGUUGCCCAAUUCUCAGAGCUUACAAGUGUCCUAUCUGUGGAGUUAGUGGUGACAAUUCUCAUACAAUUAAAUAUUGUCCUUUAUACUCAUUUUACUAUUAA